GGAUGCCAUUGGAUUCCACUUCAUCAUUCCCGAUAUCGUAAUACUUGCGUAUCUUGCUACAAGAACCACGAGUACACAUCGAAUUAUGAUUCGGAUUUCGUGUUCUUACUGCCAGCUAUCUUGGCGGUCCCUCGACGUGCUUUCCAUUAACAUGGUAGAAAUCGCUCUCGAGUGAAGUCUUCUCAAAGCUAUACGGCAAUUUCGUUUGAACAAAAAGAAAGAAGCUAGCAAGGAAUUUCAAGAGUUAGCCACAGUUUUCACGUGAUAUUUAAGCAUUCGGAUAUGUCCAGGACUACUCGAGUAGGAUUACGCAGCAGGAAGGCUGGCUCCGUUGACGAUCUGUUGUCGUUCCAUCUAAACCCACAGCCCGCGGGAGAUGGAUUGAAGUUCAAUCUUCCAAUCACUUCAAGAGUGUUUCUAUAAAGGCAUAGUUGUCACACUUCGUGGAAUUUCAAAUGGAGUUGUGGGUACAGAUGAUGUUUAGUUCCAACUAUUGCAUAGCUACCGUCAUCAACUAGCCUAGAUAUCCCUAGUGUUUAGGGCGUUGAAGAAGAAUCGCUUUUACUUCAAGGUCAAUUCUUUUCAACAUCUCCAUCGUUCUAGAAGUUCUGUUGAUGUUCCAGUGUUCUGCAAAGGUCCGGGCGUUGGUCUUCAUCUGGAUUAAGAGCAAAAAUUACCAAAUUUUGAAACAUCUCACGAUUCGAAACAAGUCUUGAGACACAUAAGGGUUAACUUUAUCAUUGGAUGAUAUCGGUGAGGGACCAUGUUUCUGUCUCAUGCGAGGUUGGGAUAUUGUGUGGUUGGCUAAUGGCCACAACCUUACCGAUGCCCGUCUGUCAUUUUCUGCCCAUAACCAUGGAUGAUUAUGCUGCAAACCAUAAAACUAUCCUUUGAAAACUUCCAUACUUCUUCUAUUGACGGAUAAGACGAAACAACGGAUGUAAUUGUACUGAAAGGUGUUAGGCUCUUGGCGGUCGCAGCAUACCAGCUCGCAAUACGAUUAUCAAGCUUAUUUAUCAACCAACUGUGCCAUUACCUCGCAUCAUAUAUGCACCGCAAAAGGGAAUAUUUGCGACUGGUGAAAACUCGACAGCUUUCAAGUCAAAUUUCAUAUUUUUGGACAAUCUUGUCAUGGUCAACACGGGAAAACCAUCGAAAGGAUGCUACUUAUGUAGAGAGAGGCGGAUCAAGUGCGAUGAGGGUAAACCUUCAUGCAUGAGAUGUCAAAAGUCAAAACGAGAAUGUCCUGGCUAUCGCGAUGAGUUCGAGCUCAAACUUAGAGAUCAAACCAGAGCCACCAAGCGAAAAGCUUCAACUUCAUUCGAUAUCAAUGUUCCAACUUUCACCAUAGACUCAUAUAGCCACCAAUUCGGCCAAAGUAGAAACGACCGACCGACGAAAAGGAGGAUGAGUACCUCGGGCAAUGGAAUCAUUCACAGAACUAUGGAUUCCAUUAAGACUACAGCCACACACUCAUUCUAUGGAUCUUCGUACACUGAUUUUGAUUCAACGGAGCCAGCCAUGCCCAUAUCACCAGUCUCGGACAUCGAUAAUGAGCUGCUCAGAUCACCCAAAACAGUUAUUCCUCGCCAUUUCUCGCCCCCAAUCGAUCAGCAAGCCACCUGCUUCUUCUUGUCUAAUUUUGUUCUUCUUCCACGAGGGCCCACGGCCAAAGGGAAUUUAGAUUUCCUCAUACCACUCGUAUGUGCCAGCUCAAGAGAAACGUCACUUGUGCUUGCUUUAAAUGCUGUCGCCCUCGUGGCUCUCGCAAAUCAACCAAAUUCUAGAAAGCUCCUACCUCUGGCCGACAGUCAGUAUGUGACGGCUUUGAAUCAAGUCAACAACGAUCUGCAAGAUGCAAGUAAAGCAAAGGAAAAUGCAACAUUAGCAGCGGUGUUCUUAUUGUCUUUCUAUGAGCAAAUAAGCUCUCAUCCCAUGUCUCUAAGUGGAUGGCAAUCUCAUAUUAAUGGAGCUGUCGCACUAGUGAAGGCUCGAGGCAAAAGCCAGCUCGAUACAAAGAUCGGGCGCUCUUUAUUUGACGCAGUCAGAACGCAUAUGACUGUCGAGUGUAUUAGCCGUUCGAAGGAUGUCAAGGAAGGCAUUGAUUGGUGGACAUCUUUUGCCUCAGAGGAUAAAGUACAACAUGAAGUAUCAGUGCUCAACCUCAAGGUUGCAGACUUACGCGCAGAAACCCACAAGAUCUGCACUCUUGAAGGUCAUACCACAGACAAUAUCGAGAAGGUACUCAACCAUAUGAGGAAAGCAGAACAAAUCGAAAAAGAAUACGUCGCCUGGUAUGCCAAUCUUACUGAAGAAUGGACACCCAAACUGGCGGCUUGGAUUGAUGAUGUAGCGGAGAGAAACCUGGAAUCCACAGCUUGCUAUCCAGGAAGAGUUGAUGUUUACGGCGAGCUGUGGAUGGCCACUACACAUAAUAUUGUACGCGCUUCGAGAUUAUUCAUUCUGACUACUAUUUUACGAUGCACCGCAUGGAUCACUGCCGAGCUCGAUUACAAACUCACACCGGAAUAUGUGGAAGUUUCGCGACAAGCAAGUGUACUAAUAGAGGAUAUCGUAUCUAGCAUUCCAUUUUUCUUCGGCUGGAAAUCACCAGAUACCGAACUUCCCCUAUCCGAGAACUCAUAUUUCCCCUGUGGCAACGAUAGCAAAAUAAGCGGGAAGGGCGUAACGGGCGUAUGGGCUAUAUGGCCAGUGUUUGCAGCGGCAGCAUCUGAUUUCGCGACUAGUUCUCAACGAUUGUGGUUAAGAGGACGGCUGAAAUACAUUGCGGAACAUUUGGGAAUUCGUCAAGCAGAGAUGUUACUUCAGUUGCCAACUCGCUAUCCCUCAACCUUCAUAUAUAGAGAUAAGGUCAAAAUUGAAGACCUGAAGAGGAGCAAGAUGGCUAGUAUGGUUGGAGGAUAUUAUCCAUCGAUCUGCGAAACUCCUGUAACAAGUGCAUAAUUUUGGAUUUCCUUUGUAUCAACAAUUGUACACUACUAUUUCUUUCUCUGUUAUUUAUUAUACCAUUUAUCAUAACUUUACAAUAUAAUUUUCUUUA